CGAUGAUCCAUCCAUCACACAUGUGCUUGUAUCUAUCUCUCUGGUGUUAUUGCGGGGAACAAAAAUUACCUAAAAUAUAUGAUUAUAUAAAAUUCUUAUGACUUCUUUUACUUUAUCUGAUUGAUAACGUGUUUAUUUGAAAGUUGACUAUCCUGAUUCCAGAUCAACUCCAAGAUGACGUCUUUAGCUACUCAGUUGAAACAAUUAGCCCGCCCUCAAACAGAGGCAGUACAACUACGAGAAGAUCCACACCGGAAGUCCCUGCUCUUUGACCCCAAAGAAGCUGCACGCCUAGACCAAGAGACAUUCUACGACAUUGGUUUAAAUGGACUCUAUGAGUUGAUAAAUUUAGAUACAGAUUUCCAAGAGUUUGAAGCAACCUUGUUUGACGAAGCUUCCAAAUCUCUAGAGAGGUCUGUACAGUCAAAAGAAUUCAAUGCCAGCCUAGAUGACAAGAUCAACGAGUUCCUUCUGAGACUCAUACCAUACUUGCCGUUGAGACAAGCACAUAAAGCUCUCGAGUGGCUUGUUCAUAGGUUUCAUAUCUACCAUUACAACAAAGAGGGUCUGAUGAGAUGCAUCCUCCCCUACUAUGAAACAAAGAUCUUUGUACGUAUUCUACAGCUGAUAGACAUCAGUGAUCCAACAAGCCAUUGGCACUGGCUUCACCCACUACAGAAUGCUGGGGUUCCAUUGUCCAGGACAGUUCUUCUGAACCAGUGCAGUAGUAAUCUUGGCUUUUUAAAGUUUGUUGGUGAUAUUCUUCUAAAGGCGAUUAAGGCUCAUUCCGGCAGUAAGGAGAACGCAUCCAAUGUAUUGCGAGUAGUGAUAGCAUUUUAUGCAUCAACAUUUGUCGGUACUUUAGAAAACAUUCGUGUCAUCACAGAGAACCAUGUGUCUGCUUUGCUUCCAUAUCUACUGAAAGGCCUAAAAUCCAAGAUGGUGGAUUAUAAGGCAGCAACAUACAUGGUGGUAUGUCAGUUGGUUGUCAAGGCAACAUUGAAAGAGGAACUUCUUCAUCCACUCAUCAAUAGCUUAAGCAAGCAUCUUGUUCCAAGUCUAGCCUUGGAAGGUUUGGCUAGCCUAGCAGUCAUAAGCCAGACCCAAGACAUCAGUUCAAUUCCUGAAAAAGCUUUCAGGAGCAUUUGCCGGCUACCUGAUCUUGUACGGAUACUUGAACAAUUGUCUGGCGUACACAAUAUCGAGCCAUUGAUGGCGCUGUUCUUGCCACCUUUAAUCUGUUCGACUAUUGAAGAGACGCAGGAGACAAGAAGUGAUGAUGAAAGUGAUGCGUUGGAAAGUAUCCACUAUUGCGCUCUCUUGGAGAAUAUUUUACAAGGUGUUGAAUUGAAAAUGUCAUCGGCCAAGAUGAUUGCCAGUGGGUUGCUAAACGGCUAUAUCGAAUUCUGCUCAGAGUUAAGUAAAGAGGAGGCACACUGUUUGAAGCUACGACUGGCAAAGGUCAUACAUAUUCUUGAAACAAGAUAUGCUGUUGCUAUGGAUGUAGUUAUGGAGACAUUUUAUUCAUUGGAACAACAACAGGAAUUUAAAGAUCUUGCUCAAAACUUUUUGGGAAUCUCGCUGUCUGGAAUUAAACAUCAGGUGCUUCCAGUUUCAGACACCAGUUUGGUUCUGAGCUUGAACCACCCCCAGCCCCAUGCAAGAGAAAUCGCAGUACGGCAACUGUUGGAGAACACUAAACCUGGUGCAAAUAUUGAUGAUUUUUUUGUGAGCUCUGUCAUUGCAAGAAUGAAUGAUGAUGAUGCCAACGUAAUACUUGCAGCAUUGUGGUGUGAAGAGAGCCUGCUUUGCUGUUUUCCUACUGAGCAACUGUUCGAAGCGCUGCUUGCAAUUCUCAGAAAAUGGCGAGGGCGUACAGACGCCGCUUGGUAUAAAGUUGGGCAGAGGGUAUUAACGUUACUCACCACUUCCAAUCUCUGGUCAAAUAACACUGAUAUAGUAGACAGGGCAAUGGUAACGCUUCUGCCUUACCUGUUCCCUACUACUCAGAAUUUCACUGCUCUGUUGAAACUGACCCAGAUCAUACUCAAUGCAGCGAUGACCUCUCAUCAUGCUUUGUUGACAAACAUAGCAUCUGUGUAUACAACUGUAGAUGGGGAUGACAGCGAUGCUGAGAAGGUGUACCAACUGACUAAGUCCCUUGUUAACUUAUUAGGAACCAACAUGGCAACCAUAAAUAAAGAAGAUCGUCUAAGGCUUACUAACCUUCUUUAUUGCUGUGCUGAAGAGGAAGAGGGCAGUAUAAAGCCUUUGCGAUUUUUAGCCAUUGCUAUUGCAACAAGUACGAUACAGCAUAUGACGAAUGCCGUGGAGAGAAUGGAAAUGUGUCAGCAAAUUGUCAGUUUUCUUGAACCAGAAGUAAUCAAGAUCUGUGCAGUUAAAGGAAAGAAGUUGACAGCCAUUCUUGAGGAGGGCCCAGCAGCAAUAUCUAGUAACUGGGCUGCAGCUGCGCUGCCUAGCCACUUUACACUGAAUCUUGGUUUGCGUCUUGUAGACAAGAAGAAAUCGCGGGUUGUUGGAUCACACAAGAUAGACAUAGGCCUAGCUGAGGUAACUCUCUGGGCACUCAGCAACAUUGUGAAGGGCAUACAUUUGUCAGAUGAUUUCUCUUGCACUGCCCUCAGGUGGUUGGACUCGGAGCAUGUUGAGCUUAGACUGUAUUCCAGCCUCCUUAAGAAGUUGUUUUCAGUUUUCAUGGCUGGAGUAUCCGACAGUCGAGCAUCUGUUUUUUGCAAAGCAUUCAAGGACUUGUCAAUACAGCUGUUUAAGUUACAUCUUUUCAAUGCAUCGGUCUUGUGGGAAUUUUUCGCCACCAUCUGGCUCGACCAGUUGAAUAAUAUGUCAGCAAGUGUGCUCAAAAUCCACAGUUUAAAUGUUGCUGCAGCAGCAGUAAGAGGUUUUAGUAACGAACAAGUGCAUUCACUUUUGACCUCUGACUCAAUUGUGUUUCCAUCCUUGCUUGGGGUUCUUUGUAGCCCUGUUGAGCCAGUCCGCAGGGCAGGCGCUAGCCUGCUCCAUGCCAUGAAGGAUAAACUGGAGAAAGACUGUCUUGCAGCCUACAGCUUACUUCUACGGCAUCUAAAUAAAAGAAGGGAAGAAAUUGUUGCUGAUGCAAAUCAGUUACCACAAAUAUUGAGUGUUUUCAUAAAUAAACAGUCAACAGCAUCUCCCAAACAAGGAAGUGGGUCAGUUACUAAGCAGGCAGCCUUGUCUGCAUUGCUACACUGUCUUGUUGGAAGCCUACCCUCGUCCGUCAAACAUGCUGUUCUUAUUGCUCUUCGAAGCACUGACGAAAAGGUGGUUGUCACACAUUCCUAUGCUCUACUUGAUGAGCUUCUGGUACAACUGGUAGAAAGCAAUUCUCUGAGCCUUACAGACAGUCACAACGUAAGCCUGAUCUUGGAGCAUUUCACUCCUGCCACAGCAGGUCUCAUGGACGGACCUUGUCAGGGCAGCUUCAACAAGGCUCUGAGCGUGGACGUUCUUCUAGCAGGUAGCCUAGGAAGUCCCCAGGAGAUUGCUCUGAGUCAGCUUACUAAGCCAUUCUUCCUUGCUAUUGAAUCCAUCAAAAUCCAAGAGAAAAUGUUAUCGAAGGUGUUGGACAUAGUGAUGUCGUCAGCCAAUCCAUCUGUUCCAUCAGUGUUCAUGAAGAUACUGAAAAAGCUUCCAUUAAGUUCUAAACAUCUGAAGAAUGAAUUCACCAAAUUGGAAGUUACCACAAAGAGCUCAAUACGAGAAACCCGCAAAGCUAGGAGACUUGCGCAAGAAGGCACCGCAGAGCAACAGAGUAUUGAUAAAGAGACUUUUCAACGUAUAACAUAUGUUAUGGAGCUUUUACAACAGCGCAAGAUUAAACACAUUGACGAUCCCGAACUUCUGACACCCUGUUUAUUUACUGUACUUCAAAGGUGUUUGAAUGUAGCAAAAAGUGAAGACCACUCGUCCGUAGAGUACCUUCAACAAUUGGUUCUGACAUUACUGCAGAACCUCUGUUUGUAUCUCUCACCUGAUGGAGAGUCCAUCCCUUCAGACGUCCUUAGUGAAGAUCAGAUCAACGUGGAGCUGGUGGUACAGUGCGUGCGAGUCUCCGACAAUCCCCAAACACAAAACCAUGCCCUCCUCUUACUAGGAACUUUGGCAAAACUUUUUCCAGAACGUGUUCUCCAUAACAUAAUGUCUAUUUUUACAUUCAUGGGGGCGCACUUGCUACGUCAGGAUGAUAACUACAGUUUUCAGGUUAUUCAGCGUACAGUGCAAACCAUUAUACCGACUCUAGUGAAGGCUAGUGACACUGAGACACCAGAAGGAACACUGACAGGUGGUACAGAUAAUGUUGUUGCCAUGGUUCUACGUGUAUUUGUUGAUGCCCUACCCCAUGUACCAGAACAUAGGCAGAUGAUGCUGUUCACAGAACUUGUGGCAACGCUAGGCCAUAAAAGAUACCUUUGGAUGCUAAUUGUACUCCUGUUAACGGGCCAUGUGGAGAAAUCUGGCGGUGUUGAAGGAAAAGAAGAAGAGGAACAGAAGUUGUCAAACAUUUUCAAGUUACCGUUGUCGCUCUGUCAUCAAAGCCCAUGUAUCACUCAACUGAGCACGCUCACCAUGCUUCUUAAGUAUUUGCUUACUUUACCGCAUGACAAACCAGUUGAACCACAAACACCAAAAAGAGUCAAGAAAACAUUGAAGGCAGCAAAAGCAGGGAGCCAAGGUGAUACUGAACUAUUUAACGUUGGGAAUCACUCUGCACGUCAGCUACGCCAAUUCAAAUUUAACACCGUCACGUUCAUCAUUACCCUACUGGCUACCGAUGAGUUUGUAGGUCAAGUUGCCGAAAUGUCCGAGUUGGAAGUUGAAGCACUGAAUCCCCUCUAUCAAACCCUCAUUGAUACCACUCUCCAGUUGAUAACAAUGUCAGCUAGAAGCCUGGAAGCUGACGCUGGGAAGGUGACGGUCAAGUUUUGGAAGGCAUUGAUCCACAAGGCUUAUGGCAUUAUGGACAAGGUCAAUUCACUCUUGUCUAUGGAUCUAUUUGUUCGCGUAGUGCUGGGACUUCUUAGCAGUCCAACUCCAGUCAUUCGAAGAAAGGCACUGCAACUUUUGAACAGCAAGAUCUUGCAGCAUAUGGGAUCACUGGAUGAGAAGCAGGUGUCCAUGGUGCUUACGGUCCUUGAUCAUCUAGUGUUGAUUGCGAAGUCAAGUCCGGAUGUCUCGAGUGAUCAAGAUGAAAGUUUCAUCAAUCAGCAAACUGCCCUCUACAGUUUGAAACUGAUCUGUAAGUUGGCUGGCUCAAGUCAUCCUCAGCAGUUUGGGCCAGUGAUAGAUGUUGCCAUACAGAUCAUUGCAAAUAGCAACAGCAACUUACAGGUUGUCUCAAGUGCCUGUCUUCUGCUAGGUGAAGUUGUGCGGUGUAUGAAAGCUCACACUAUUCCUAGUAUUCCUCGUUUUAUGCCUUCCCUACUACAGCAACUGGAGCCCAAGGAAACACCUAGUAGUUCUGAUCUUCAUUUAGUCAGUGUGUUGAUGGCAGUAUAUCGAGUUAUGGAAACCUUGCCACAUUUCUUGAAUCCAUACCUUCUGCAACUGACUCAACAGAUUUGCAGAUUUUCUGUCAAUUCAGAAGAUUCAAAGAGUCAACUGAAUCUGCGACUAAGAUCCGUAGCUCACCAUCUGGCCGCAUCAUUGGCACCUCGUGUUCUGCUUCCAGUGAUCUCGCAAGUAUAUGACACUUUGGUAACAACUAAUCAGGCUGGCAUUGCAUCACUAAUGGCCAUCUUGAAAGAACAUGUAACUCUACUGGGUAAAGAAGAUCUUAAAGCACAGAUGGGGACCCUCCAGGCACUGUUCAUGAAUGCACUAGACUUUAGGUCCAUUCAUUCAAAGGAUGACAUGGAGAAAGCUAAAACAGUUGAAAGUCAUAUCUUGGAUGCUUUGCUAAGCCUGGUCAUGAGACUAUCAGAGGUCUCCUUCAGACCACUGUUCUUGAAGCUGUACAACUGGGCCACACGAGGCUCUGUCCAAAGUGAACGUCUGCUGACGUUCUACCAGGUGACUGACAUGCUCGCGGAGAGAAUGAAAAGCAUCUUCACGCUGUUUGCUGGUCACAUGAUUAAGAACUGUGCCGAGUUAUUGGAUCACUGCAACAGUACUAAAUCUAGUGAGCAGCUGUUUACAGGUACCAAGUGCAGCUUACUCUUACAUUCCAUUCUAUCCACCCUAUACAAAGUUUUUCUGUACGACAAGGAAGGUUUUGUUAGCAAAGAGAGAUUUGAGAUGUUUAUGAUACCAUUAUUGAAUCAGGUUGAGAAUACCAGUAUAGGGGAAGUUGAAUAUGAAGCUCUGAUCAGUCGCCACUUGACCCCAUGUAUAGCACAGAUGAUGACCUGUGCUCAGGACACAGGCUGUUGGCAACCACUCAACUACCAAUUGCUUCUCAAAACACGUCAUUCAGAACCAAAGGUUCGUUUUGCCACUCUGGUAAUCCUGGAGGAAGUGCACAAACAACUUGGUGAGGAGUUCCUUACGCUAUUGCCAGAAACACUUCCCUUCCUUUCAGAACUCUUAGAAGAUGAAUCAACUGAAGUUGAAAUGCAAUGUCAAAAAGUGAUUGGACAGCUUGAAAAGACGCUUGGGGAACCUCUAAAUAAAUAUUUUUAAAAGAAUUGAUCUGUUGGACGAUGUACCUUAUAUACUAUAGAGCAAUCCGCGUGUAAAGAUGACCCGAGUUUGAGAAGAUUUUUGGAUGAUUUUUUAAUGUUGGGCAUAUAAGACGACCCUCUUGUAUCAUCUUUGGUAUUCCAACUUUUUGCUGCUUAUUAUGGUCUUGAUACAGAAUCUAGCUGUCUAAAUCGAAGCCAAAUGUAGGGCUAAUUGUCCAAGUACUGUGAUACCAUUUUAUAGGAUUUUAUGUGUUCAUCAAAAUCUUGCUUUUAAUCUUGCAUUCAUUCAUACUACUGUAACAGACAGUAGCUUCAUUUUCAGUAGUAGCAUGUUUUUUUGCCAAAAGCAUCCAGAUGGAAGAGAAAGUAGAAAAUAAAAUGUUAUAGGUGAAUGUAUUGUAAAAAGUGUAGUUACAGGAUGGUUAAGUGCUUUAAAUUUAUAUAAUUAGGAACAAGAAUUAUAAAAAAUUCUUGCCUAACCAUUUAUUUGUGUGGAUUAUCAUGUGUAUUUACGAAGACUGCAACUUUUGAUAGCAAAGUAUAUGAGAUUGAUUCAAAAUUGUAUUGAAAAUGUUCUGAUGUGAUAUGAAGGUAUUUAGCAUUUUGUAUAUCCUUUUGCAAUGACCUUGAAUUUAUCGAGUUCAAGGUCAAAUUAGAACUUUGUACAAACGUGCAUCCGGAAAUAAUUUAUCAAAAUUUUUGUUAUCUGCACCAAUAAAUCUAAUUUAUUUCAAUUGCAAUAGCAUGACAAGAACAUGCUUUGUUUGGUGUUCUGUAUGAUUUCAUAGCACAGUUGAGUUGGCUUUUACAGUACCGGUGGUAGCCAGUGUGUGCACUCAACCAUGAAAGUGGAAAUCCUAAAAUUUUCCUAUAGUAUUGGCUAUGCCUCAUAUGUUUAUAACAUCAUUUGUUCCUGGAAUCACACAGAGCACUGCAUCUAUCGUUUAUAUAUAUGUAUGUAUAACUUGAUAAAGAUCUAUGAUGACCAAAAGAUUUCCUUGAUUCCUAUCUUCAAUAAAUUUUUGCGAAUUACA